AUGCUUCCCCAUAUCAUAAAUGCGGUCAUCAUCACCUCAGCAUCUUCGUCCGCCAACGCGUUCCUCAAACAAGCUCCUCUCAUCUUCCUGAAGUGUACAAGCCGUGGAAUUCCAAUCUAUGGUAUUGCCUUCACCACCAUGUGGAGCGGCCUGGCUUAUAUGUCUGUAUCUGCAGGCGCGAGCGAAGUGUUUUCUUGGUUCCUCACCCUCGGCACUAUUGCCGCGCUCUUUACAUGGUGUAGCAUUACCAUUGCGUACCUACGCUUUCGACAAGCUUUGGCGAAGCAAGGCGUUGACCGCAAUACCCUCGUUUUCAAGUCAAAAUUCCAGCCGUACAUUGCAUGGUUUGCUUUGUGCUAUUUCGCCAUGAUUAUUUUGUUCAGCGGUUGGGAAGUUUUCACUAAGGGUAACUGGUCUGUCCAGGGAUUCAUCACAUAUUACCUUGGAAUCCCGGUUUACUUUGGCUUCAAGGCCGCUCUAGACGCUACGAUAUGGCCCGAGUAG